GCCCCGCCUCAGCGGAGCGGCCUGGUAGCCGUGCAUCCGUAAACCGCGGACAUCUCGCGUAGCAGCGCCCGUCCGCAGCCCGCUGUCCGGAUACAGAGCGGAGACAGGCCAGUACUGCGUGCGAGUGACUGCUGAGGACACUGCAAACAUUAUUAUUAUAGUUCAGGCCCCCGAGCGAGCGGCGCUGGCAGCAUGUCCGUGUCCAUGACCAGGGGCGAGGGGGUGACGGUGUUCACCCUGACCUCGGACACCAGCAGCAACUGGCCCCUGGUUUGCCAGCUCCUGCGGCAGCUGUGCUGCAGCCCGGUGUGCGUGGUGUCCCAUCAGCUGAAGCAGCUCUUCACCGGCACACAGACAGCACUGGGGACCAUGCAGAUUAUAGUGGGGCUGUUCAACAUCGCAUUUGGUGUGAUCCUUCGACGGACUUCAUACUUCAUAAAGAAUUCAGACGCACCCUUUUGGCUGGGAGGUCUAUUCAUCGCCGCUGGUGUGAUGUGCAUCCUUGGCGAGAUGUUCCCCAGUCCCUGCUUGGUGUUUCUCACCAUCUGUAUGAACCUGGUGAGCUCUGGGCUGGGACUCACAGCCAUUGUGUUGUACUCGGUGGAUAUGGCCCGGCUCACGCACAACUCCUGGAUGUACUAUUGCUCAGAUGAUAAAUACAGGUCUUGGACGACAGCCCCUCCUGACCCGGAGAAACAGCGCAUCAUGCAGCACAACUUAGCUGAGUGCAGGAGCAGCCGCCGGGUCCUGGUGAUGCUUGCGCGGGGACUGGAUAUCAGUCUGAUAGUGUUUGCGGUUCUCCAGCUGUGUGUGGCCCUCAGCGCGUCUGUUCUGGGCAUCAAGGCAUUGUGCAAGACCAAGGGAAAGGCAAAGCCAGAGCCUGAGCCUGACACCAGCAUUCCCCUCCUGGAAGAGGGCCCAGUGGUGUGAUGAAAGAGGACCUCACUGUCACACGAGGAUCAAGCCGAUCAGAUUGUCUACGAGCAAUCAAUUUCUUUGUCAAAUACAGCCUUUUUAAUUUCAUGCUCCUAUCCCGAUUUAGUGCCUUAGGAUGUGAAAAGAUUUAAGACUUAAGCAGUGCAGGAUUCAGGCAAUUGAAAUCUCUCUAAAAAUGUUUUAGCUCUUGUGACUACCUGGGGGGAUGGGAAGGGCUAUUGAUCAGCUCCCCCUGUGUUCUGCGACCACAUUGCUGUUAAUAUGUAGCCCACCUUGAGAAAACCAACACACAGACGAAGUAAAAAAAAUAAACAGGGAGGACACAGCCCAAGGGUGGUGCAGUGGUCAGCACUGCUGUCUCGCACCCUGGGGUGCUGACUGCAUGGAGUGUGUUUGUGUGAGUUUCCUCCAGGUGCUCCAGUUUGUCUUCUGCGAAACCUGGCUCUGGUGUGUGUCUCUGUGUGUCUCCCCUGCACUGUACAAGUGUCCCAUCCAGGAUGUAUCCCACCUUGUGGCUGUUGCUUGCUGGGAUAGGCUCCAGCUCCCCUGUGACCCUGAGCUGGAUCAAGCCCCAUCGCCCCUGACAAACAAUCGCCUGUCUGGAGUUCCAAUACAGACCGAAACCCUUUUCCUCCUCACUGUAUUUACAAGUUCUAAUUACUCAGUUAUACCAGGUGUGCCUCACUCCACAGGUGUUUUACAUUAACAUUUUGUUUAAUUAACAGGUGGAAAGGCAGAAAGUCUUGCAUUAUGUAUUGGAUAUUAGCAUUUUGCAACUGCAUCAGAAUGUAGUCAUGCUUUUUCACACGUUUUUUUAACACUGUAACACUCAAUAAAGAGAUGAUGCACUGA